CUCAUUCGUUUCCUUCACCUUCUGUUGAACCGGAGCUCGGAAUGGCCACCUUCACUGCAACACCCACUCGCGCCUCAUUCACUUUGAAGCCAGCGCAGGUACCUGUCUUCAAGAUAUCGAAUGUCAGGUCCGUCUCCCUCCCUGUCGGCGGCAUAAGUUUCCCAUCUCUGAAAGCAUGCCGUUUCCAGGUUUCAUGUGCGGCUAAAAAGGAGACGCUGGAUAAAGUGUGCGAAAUAGUGAGGAAGCAGCUAGCUUUGCCAGCAGAUGCUGUUGUAAACGGAGAGUCAAAAAUCGCUUACCUGGGAGCCGAUUCUCUGGACACCGUGGAGAUUGUGAUGGCAAUUGAGGAGAACCUUGAUGUCACCGUGGAGGAAGACAGUGCUCAAAGGAUCGCGUCUAUCCAGGAUGCUGCGGACUUGGUCGAAGAGCUGCUUAAGAAGAAGGGUGCUUAAUGUCAGAAGAGACAGUGAGGAAGAUGUUCUUUGUGCGUGCUUUUUUUUAUUUCUGCAUUAUCUUUGUGCUCGUUGAUCCUGGAA